CUCAGGGGCGAAUCCCUGCCGACGUCACUCCCGGUCCUGUAUAAAUACACUGAGCAGAGCCUCUCAUCAGACUCGAGCAAAUCACGCCUCACCGAUCACAGGAUCUCUUCAAAACCGAGGAUUAUUGUAUUGCCUUCGUUUGAUUUAUUUACCAGCACCGGAUCCACGCCAUAAACGCACAAUGACUUUGAACAAGGGUGACAAAUUGCGGAGCAUGGACAAGAGGAGAGGGAGCAUGCCCUUCCCCAUGAAUCUGCCCAACCUGCACCGCAGGAGCAUGCCUGUGGACGACCGGGACCUGCGCGCCACGAUGCCCGAGACCGGGCAAACCGACGAGCUGUCAAACCUCCUGCGCUGCACCUCCUACUCCCCGACCGAGCAGCACCGGGGCAGCUGCGCCUCGGACUCCUCCGACUCCGUGAUCUCCACCGGCAGCGAGGCGGAGUCCCAGGUGUACAAGGUGGUCCUCCUCGGGGAGCACGGCGUCGGCAAGUCCAGCCUGGCGCGCGUCUUUGGGGGAGUCGAGGAUCCCGGUCACGACUGCGAUGAAGCAGGAAACACUUAUGACAGAUCUAUCCUGGUGGAUGAAGAGGAGGCAUCCAUCGUGUUGUACGACAUCUGGGAACAGGAUAACUCCCAGUGGCUGAAGGAGCAGUGCAUGAGGAUGGGAGAUGCCUACAUCAUCGUGUAUUCAGUGACCGACAAGUCGAGCUUCGAGAAGGCGUCAGAGCUGCGGAUUCAGCUGCGUCGGGCCAGGCAGUCCGAGAACAUUCCCAUAAUCCUUGUGGGCAACAAGAGCGACCUGGUGCGGUCCAGAGAGGUGUCUGUUGAUGAGGGAGGUGCCUGUGCAGUGGUGUUCGACUGCAAGUUCAUCGAGACGUCCGCGUCCCUCCACCACAACGUGCGGGACCUUUUCGAGGGCAUCGUCCGACAGAUCCGCCUGAGGAAAGACAGCAAGGAGGAGAACGCCCGGCGCAUGGCCAACUGCAGGCGCCGGGAGAGCAUCGGCAAGAAGGCCAAGAGGUUUCUGGGCCGCAUGGUCGCGCGCAAGAACAAGAAGAUGGCCUUCAGGCAGAAGUCAAAGUCCUGCCACGACCUCACGGUGCUCUGAGGAGCGUGUGGGACAGAUGGACACUUCUUUUCUUUGGCCUCUGAAGACCAGACGCUGUGUGUGUUUUAACACUAACCCUAAAGGACUAAUAGAGCUGUACAGAAAUAUAUUUAUAUUUUUUUUAGACACCAACCGAGAGCCAAGAGAGGACUUGAUUGAUAAACCACGACUGACAUUAUUCAAGUCAUAUCAUGAUAAUGGUGAUAGACUGCAUGAAGAUUUGCAAACUUUUAUGUUCUUUUGUUUUUGUCUACCUUAUAUCAUGUCGCUGUCAUACAAUGAUCAGUCGGAAAAAAUCCACUGAAAUCAAGGCUUGUUUUUUUUUCUAAUGACUUGAAAAGAUUGCCUUGCUGUUGGGUUGUUGUUGUUGUUGUUGUGCUCCUGUAUUGGAGGGGAUUUGGUGUAUAUACGUAUAUGGAUGACGCUGAAUGUAACACAUCUCAUUAUCCCUAAAAAACACGGUGGAGGAUCACUGUACCAGGUCAUCUGGAGUCGUGUCUACUUGAAACGUGGCAUGCAGGUUCGUGCCUCGGCCAAGUCACUGAAGAGAUGUCAAAGACGAGAGGACGCCUCUGUUAUUGUGUGUUGUUCCAUAACAUCGAGUCCAGGUUGUGAAUGUAUGAGUAAAGCAAUAAGUUAUAUCCGUCUUGUGAACUUUGACAUCAUUUGGGAAUUCUUUUCUUACGUAGAUUUCCUUUUUUUUUCAAUAAAACAUGAAAACAAAAA